UACGGAAUUCCAUAUUUAUUUUCAAAUCCGUUUUUAAUCAUCACUGCGAUAGCGUUAUUAUGGCAAUAUUGCGGAUGGACGAUUUUAGUAGGAUUCUUGGCCAUAUUUAUGUACAUUUCUAUACAAUUUCUUUUGAGUAAACUAUAUUCAAAAUUCAGAUUACAAGCAGCUGUAUUGGGAGAUAAAAGAUUAAACCUGUUGAAUGAGAUGCUUGCUGAUAUGAGAUUAAUUAAAAUGUACACCUGGGAAUUGCCAUAUGCCGCAUUAGUUGAGAAAAUCAGAAAGAAAGAAAUGAAAAAAGUUCGAAUGUUUUUAUAUGCAAGAGGAUUAGCGCCUCUAUUAGGAUAUCCUACAUGUAGAUUAUUUACUUCCCUCACAUAUCUUGUCUUUUUCUUAAAUGGAGGACAACUGAAUGCCCAAAUUAUAUAUAUCACUAUGGCUGUUUCUGCACAUAUUUUCUGUAGCACUACCAUUUUAUUUUCACGUGCAGCAGAUUUUGCUGCAGAAGUUUUGGUUUCGUUGAAGAGACUUCAGGAUUUCCUUCUUCUUCAAGAAAAAGAUGACAAGACCUUCAAAGCUGUAGGAGAGAGCAAAAUUUCAACCGAAUAUGGAUGAAUAAUGUCACAGCUACAUGGAAAAAAGAAACCCACCCAACAUUAAAUGAUAUAUCUAUAAACGUACAACCUGGACAAUUAUUAACUGUUAUAGGCCCUGUCGAAUCAGG